AUGGGACCACUUCCUGUUCCGGGACAGUGGAAGUCUUCUACAGAGGAGAGUGAGUCUGUGCAGCUUGUGGAAGGAGCUGGUCUCUGCUCUGGGAGACUGGAGGUGAAGUCCAAUCAGUCCUGGGCCUCAGUGUGUGAAGCUGACUUUGACCAGCAGGAUGCAGAGGUAGUCUGUGGGGAGAUUGGCUGUGGGGCUCCUGCAACUCUACAGGGGGGGCUCUAUGGAGAAGGUGAGGGUCAGACCUGGGAUAAAGAGUUCCAGUGUAAAGGCAAUGAGUCCCUUCUCUUGGACUGUGACACCUCAGACAGAAAAAACAACACCUGCCUACCUGGUAAUGCUGUUGGACUCACCUGCUCAGAGCCUGAUGAUGUGAGGCUGGUGGGAGGAGGCAGUCGCUGUGCUGGUGGAGUGGAGCGGUACGACCAGGGAGAGUGGAGGACUGUGGGAGCUGAAGACAGGAACAAGGAGGGUGUAGCUGCAGUAGUGUGUAGACAGCUGGGUUGUGGCUCCACUGUUUCAGUACUACCUGGAAACACCAGUAGAGGGAUUGGAGUUGUCUGUUCUGGGUCUGAGUCUUCACUGAGGGAGUGUAGGAGAUUUGAUAUAUAUAAUCUCCUUCUUGGAUUCACAGUGAUCUGCUCAGAUGACUCCCACCAAGGGAACUACAGCUGUGUUUAUGACAAUUAUGUUUUCUCUCAUAACUUCUCCUCUGAGAGUGAGCUCCUCACCCUCACCGUCACAGCCUCUCCUCUGCCAGCCUUCAUCAUCAGACACGUUGUAGUGCUGCUGAUCCUACUGACAGCCAUCACCACCAUCUACCUGUACUACAAGACCACCAGGAGGCAGAAGAGAGUGAUCAGGGUGAGCAGCAUGGAUCUUUAUGUUGAUGCCAAUGCCAUGGAGAUGGUCUCUCUGAGCUCCAGAGCUGAAGCUGGACCGGGAGAGGAGAGAGCAGCCCAGGGGACUGAGUAG